AUGUAUAUUCUUCCAUACUCUAAAAAAAAAACUAAUAAAAUUGUCUAUUGUUGUUAAUUAAUUUAAUUAAAUUUUAAUAGAGGAGACAGCUUUGCCAGUUCAUCUCUGGUAAAUAGUCCACGUUCUGGCGUCUUUGGGAUUUCACCAACACCGUGACAGCUCCUUAGAUCUCUCCUCGAUUACUUCCUUUUUAAUUUCCAUGGCUCUCUAAAAUCUCUCUCUCUCUCUCUCUCUCUCUCUCUCUCUUACUUGUUUUACGAUCUCUCUGCCUGAAGACUAUGGACGGCGCCGAUGGAACCGUUCGCGUCAAACCUGGUCGCGGAUUUGAAACGGAGACGGAUGUUGCGGUUUCGUCGCCAGUGACACGUCAGAAAGCUGCUGCAGCUAAGCAAUUCAUCGAGAAUCAUUAUAAGAACUACUUGCAAGGCUUGCACGAACGAAUGGAGAGACGCAGAGAGUUUCAGAGGAAAGUGCAAGAAGCUCAGUUACCGGUUGAGGAACAAGAUGAGAUGAUGAGGAAUCUGGCACGUCGUGAGACCGAGUAUAUGAGACUUCAGAGACGUAAAAUUGGGAUUGAUGACUUUGAGCUUUUGACCGUUAUUGGCAAAGGUGCCUUUGGUGAGGUUAGAUUAUGCCGUUUGAGAUCUACAUCUGAGGUUUAUGCCAUGAAGAAAUUGAAAAAAACUGAGAUGCUUAGCCGUGGACAGGUUGAGCAUGUCAGGUCCGAGAGGAACUUACUUGCAGAAGUUGACAGCCGUUACAUUGUAAAGCUUUUUUACUCUUUUCAAGAUUCUGAAUGUUUGUAUCUUAUCAUGGAGUAUCUACCUGGGGGUGACAUCAUGACUUUACUCAUGAGAGAAGACAUUCUUUCUGAAGAUGUUGCCCGUUUUUAUAUUGCGGAGAGCAUUCUUGCUAUCCAUUCAAUUCAUCAACAUAACUAUGUUCACAGGGACAUCAAACCUGACAAUUUGAUACUAGACAAAAGUGGUCAUUUGAAGCUUUCGGAUUUUGGCUUAUGUAAGCCACUAGAUGAUAAGUAUUCUUCACUGCUUUUAGAAGACGAUGAAAUGUUGUCUCAGGAUUCAGAGAACCAGUCAGAAAAAUCAGACGCUGACAAAGCACCCUGGCAAAUGCCUAAAGAGCAGUUACUGCAAUGGAAGCGCAAUCGCCGUGCAUUGGCUUAUUCAACCGUUGGAACUCUGGAUUACAUGGCUCCAGAAGUACUGCUAAAGAAAGGAUAUGGAAUGGAAUGUGAUUGGUGGUCUCUCGGUGCAAUUUUGUAUGAGAUGUUAGUUGGGUAUCCCCCAUUCUGUUCUGAUGACCCCCGUAUAACAUGCCGCAAGAUAAUUAAUUGGAAGGUAUGCUUGAAAUUCCCUGAAGAACCAAAAAUAUCAGAUGAAGCCAGAGACUUGAUUUGUCGGUUGCUUUGUGAUGUUGAUUCAAGGUUGGGAACCAGAGGUGUUGAGGAGAUAAAGUCGCAUCCAUGGUUCAAAGGCACCCCAUGGGACAAACUGUAUGACAUGGAGGCAGCUUAUAGACCCAUUGUCGAUGGAGAACUAGACACACAAAAUUUUGAGAAGUUUCCAGAGGUUGAAGGAUCACCAUCCGAAGCACCACAAGUUGGUCCUUGGAGAAAGAUGUUGACGUCCAAGGACACCAACUUCAUAGGAUUUACAUUUAAGAAGUCAGACAUCACAAGAUCAAUGGAAAGUUCAGGUGCGGACAUGAAAUCAAAUGGAUCAGGGGAAGCCCCGUCGUUGAUAUCAUUGUUAGGUCGGAUCAAUAUGGAAGAAGGUGAAGGUGGUGAGUUAAACCACAAGACAUAGAGAAGAAAUACAAAUAUUAUUGAUUUUUUAUCCGUUUGCAGUUGUUUUGAUCAUAUGGCGGAGGCAAUGGAGGCGAUAGUAGUUUUUUAACCACAUCACUUAUGAUGGGUUCAUAAAAACUUCUAUUUCCCCCUCUCUUUUUUUUUUUUCUUUCUUUUCUUGUAACAUAUUUGUUUUUUUUUUAAUCUAAAAAAGAAACUGUAAAGCAUGGAAGAAUAAUUUCUUGAACAUUUUUACCCACAAGUUAUCAAUACAUCAAAUUGAAGCUCGCUUUUCUGCCA